AUGUUGUCUCGUUUUGUUCCUUCAUCUCCCUUCUUUCUUCUCCGUCGCGGCUACUCCACGGUUCGUGCUACCGAAGGAGUGUUGAAGACACCUUUAUACGAUGAUCAUGUUGCGUUAGGUGCCAAGAUGGUUCCUUUCGCAGGCUAUUCUAUGCCUGUGCUAUACGACGGUCAAUCCCAUAAUGAAUCGCAUAUGUGGACCAGAUCUAACUGCGGUGUCUUCGAUGUUUCCCAUAUGCUUCAACAUAGAAUUACCGGUGAAAAGGCCACCGACUUUUUGCAGAAGGUUUGUCCCACCGAUUUUGCUGCACUUCAACCUUUUCAAUUCAGUCUUAGUACUCUAUUGAACGAGAAUGGUGGUAUUGUUGAUGACUGUAUUGUCACCAAGCAUGCAAAUGACUCCUUCUACAUGGUCACCAAUGCUGCAUGCAGAAGUAAGGACACUCAAUUUAUUGAUGGAGAGUUGCAAAAUUUUCAAGGAGGUACUUCUGGGGUGAAGCACAACACAUUCGAAGGAGUGUUGCUUGCUAUCCAAGGCCCCAAAGCACACGAUGUUAUGGCUAGAUUCACCAAUGACAGUUUAAAUGAUCUAUACUUCGGUCAUUCUAGGUUCAUCAAACUUGAAGGAUUUGGAACAAACGAAAAAGUACAUGUGGCUAGGAGUGGAUACACUGGAGAAGAUGGUUUUGAAAUCUCUAUUCCAGACGAGAAAGUUGGGGUUGAGUUCUUUCGUGCACUAAUGGAACAGCAAGAGGUUAAGCCAAUUGGCUUGGCCGCUAGAGAUUCCUUGAGACUAGAGGCCGGAAUGUGUUUGUAUGGCAAUGAGUUGAACGAUGUUACAACCCCUGUAGACGGGUCGUUAACUUGGUUAGUUUCCAAAAGCAGAAGAACAGCUGAAGGUGCAACUUUCAAUGGUGCCGUGAAGAUUAUUUCCCAAAUCGCCAAUCCAAAAACUGUCCCCGCUAAGAGAGUUGGUAUCACAUCUAAAGGACCUUCCCCCAGACAUGGUAACAAGAUCGUGUCUGCCGAGGACCCCAAAAAACAAAUUGGUGAGAUCACCUCUGGCUCAUUCUCUCCAUCUUUAGGAUACAACGUGGCUCAGGCUUACAUCCACAAGCCAUAUCAUAAAAAGGGUACAGAAGUUUUGGUGGAGAUUAGAGGUCGUCUUAGGAAAGCCAAGGUCAGUAAGAUGCCUUUUAUUGAGGAUCAUUAUUAUAGAGAGAAUUAA